AUGGAUUUAAGCAACCUAGAAUCGAGUGAGGACGUCUUGUUAGGGGACACAUGUGUCCCUGUCGUCCCCCCAUCGCUUUUGACGCCCGCACCUGCCAUCGACUUCGGCUUCCAUCCCAAACUUCCGAUCCUCGCGGUGGGGAUGGUCACUGGUGAGGUGGCCAUUUAUGAGUAUAAUGGUAAUGAUGUGGUGCAAAAGCCACUCGUCAACGACUUUGCGUCGUGGGUUUUCGGGCGAAACAAACUCUACGACGAGUCCAAAGUUGUGGUCAGCGAAACAGACUUCAGCAUGCGCAUGCACCCUCACGGCGGGAUCACCUCGAUGGAGUUCACGGACGACGGCUCCUAUUUGGUGUCGGCGAGCAGCGAUCGGACCGUUUCUGUGCUCGACUGCGUGACCUCCCGCCUCGUAAUUCACCUCACCGCGGAUUCAACCGACGAGGCAGCGCGAAAAAAACGUUUGAAGCCUCAACACUCAAAAAAAUCCUCGGGGAUGGCGACGAAAAACGGGAAAUCCUCGCCCAAGACCCCUUCCGAGGGCUACAAGUUGACGCCGAACCCUCACAAACACGGCAUUUCAUCACUUUGUGUGUGUGAUGAGAACCUCGUGGCGACAGGGGAUGACAACGGGCUGAUUGCGGUUUGGGAUAUGCGAGAGCGGCGGCCGGUCCACGUUUACCACGAACACGGCGAUUACGUUUCGCAGCUUGUCUUCUUCACAGAUGUACAGGAGCUGCUUUCGAGCAGCGGGGAUACCUGCCUUGGCGUCUAUGACAUGCGCGGCGGCCGCAUUCGUGAUUAUAGUGAGACUCGGAAUGAUGAAAUCAACUGUUUCGCUUUUAUUAACAGCAGUGGGUCAAACAGGGAUACGUUCACCCCAAGUAUUAUCUGCGGUACCCCGUCAGGAAGCUUGCCGGUUUGGAAGUAUGGUUCCUGGCGCCGCCCGUACGACGUCUUAGAUCGUCAUCCGCGUGAAUGUGAAAGUAUCAUUAGUUUUAAUCGCGAAGAUUCAGUGAUGGCGAAUAAUAUCGUAAUGACCGGCUCCUGCGAUGGACUUGUUCGUGUAAUCGAAAUGUACCCAUUGCGGCGGAAUCUCUGUCAACUUAGUGCGCGAGAUUACACCUACUCACACGCCAACAACAUCUCAUCGUCUUCUAAAGGAACGGCUAACUCUUAUCAUAAUAGCAAUUUCAUCGUCAGGAGGCAGCGAGGGCAUGAAGGAAUCACGCGAAUGCAAGUAUGUUCUGACAACCAGAUGCUGGCGGUAGGAGGCGACGACAAUAUCAUCGACUUUGUUGAUAUUCGCUUUUUAAACGACGAAAAGUUGCUCGAUGCGCUGCGGAGCAAGACGGAGCGGCGGCACAUGAGCGCCCUCCGAGGGAUCGAGCUCGACGCCGCAGCUGAAGAGGAACGCAAACAACGCGAGGAGGAAACUGGCGAUGUCACGGAAGACGACAGCUCAUCAAAUUUCAGCGACUCCAGUGAUAGUGAUGCGUCGGAUAUGGACUCCGAGCUAUCGAGUGAAAAGGAGCGGCGGCCGAAAAAGCGCCAAAAACAGCGGGACGACGAUGUGAAGGGGAAAUCACGGAGUGAGAAACGCGACGCGACUGCUACGGACGACGAAGUGAAAUUAGAUCCGAUGGAGGAACUGCGUUUGUCUAGACAACAAAAGCGAGAGCGCGUUGCGGCCGCCAAGUGGUUAAAGGAGGAAAAGCGAAAGAAAAUCAACUUCACAUUCGAGAAGCGCCGCCGUCGUGUAGGCGGCUUUUUCAGUGAUAUGACUAGUAAUACUGAAUAA